UGCUCUCAGCAAAUAAAAUAUAUCGCAUGUUAUUAGAAACAUUCCUGUAAAGAACGAAUACUAAAAAGACAAUUGCGAAAACAUUUUUAAAAGUAACAAGUCAAAUAAAUAAAAGAAAAUUCCAGAAAGUCAAAAAAAUAAUAUCAGUACAAUAUGUCAGCUUCAACAACGGAAAAAGUUAGUGAAGAAAUAAAUUCUGUCGAGGAAAAGAAACCGAUUUUCCGGGACAUUGAUGCAGAUGAUACACCUGCUGAGGCCACAGAAAUUGAGUCGGCAUGUAUGAGCUGUUUUCGUUCGGGAGUCACGCGUUUGUUAUUGACGAAAAUUCCCUUCUUUAAGGAGGUUGUCUUAAUGUCUUUCAAAUGUGAAUUUUGUGGUUAUGAAAACAAUGAAAUACAAUCGGCUUCUGAGGUACAGAAAAAAGGUGUCACCAUGGUCUUACAGGUUAGAGAUCCACAAGAUCUCAAUCGUCGUGUUGUUAGAUCUGAUUAUACUUUAGUAAAGAUACCCGAGGUGGAGCUAGAAAUUCCUGCACAGUCGCAAAAGGGUGAAAUCACCACUGUCGAAGGCAUUAUCGAUAGAACAAUACGAGGCUUGAAUCAGGAUCAAGAUAAACGCAGAAUAGAACAUCCAGAUGCAGCUGCUUCUAUUGAUGCCUACAUUGAACGUUUGAAUGCUUUGAAGGAACUUAAAGCACCAUUUACUUUAAUAUUGGAAGACAUCAGUGGCAAUAGUUUUAUUGAAAAUCCUUUGGCUCCAGCUAUAGAUCACUAUUGUAAGACUACACACUUUACGCGUACCAAAGAGCAAGACCAUCAAUUGGGUUUUUAUGAUCCAGAAGAUAUUUCUGCCGAACCAGAACAAAAAGAUGAAAAACAUUUAUUAAAACCUAUAACAGAAGGUUCCUGGACAUUGGAAGAUUUACAUGGUGAAGUUUUACAAUUUCAAACUUUGUGUCCAGAAUGUCGUUCUCCCUGUGAAACGAAUAUGAAACUGACUACCAUUCCUCACUUCAAGGAUGUGGUAAUUAUGGCAACUGUUUGUGAUGUUUGCGGUAACAAAACAAAUGAAGUUAAAUCUGGUGGCGGUAUUGAAGAAAAGGGUACUCGUUUCGAAGUUCGCAUAGAAAAUAAUGAGGACUUGACUCGCGAUGUUCUAAAGUCGGAAACCUGCAGUCUAACAAUACCCGAAUUAGAUUGUGCUGUAGGACCCUCAGCAUUGGGUGGUCGUUUUACCACCGUCGAAGGCAUUUUAACUGCAAUGAAAGAUCAAUUGGCCGGAAAUGAUGUCAUGUUCCACGAUUCUUCGGAUGAAGCUUCAAAACAAAGAUUUCAAGGUUUUGUAGAGAAAUUUGAAGAAAUUAUUAAUUUAAAAUUUGUUGCUACACUUGUAUUGGAUGAUCCAGCUGGCAACAGUUAUGUACAAUCACUUGCGGACAAUGAUGAAGUGGAUGAAAAAUUAAAAAUUACAAAAUACGAGCGAAGUUAUGAACAAAAUGAGGAAUUGGGUUUGAAUGAUAUCAAAACUGAAAACUAUGAAGAACUUGAAUCGAUUGCAGAAUAAUUUUAUUUAACGUAUUAACAUUUUUAUUAUUAUUAAAAAAAUGCUGGUUUAACAUAAAUCAAUUUUUAAUAAAAAAAAUACUAACUAUAAAAAACUUGUUUGAAAAUAUAUUUUUUUAUCUAUUUAAUAAAA